AUGGAUAACAGUAUCCCUACACCUGGGCCAUCAGGUCAGGUCAACCCACCCGUCCCACCUCGUCGACCUGGAGGUGCAAGACCCAAUCCAACGAGGAUAUCUUCAAGUGCACCUCCUCCGCCAAAGUUGAAUAUACCGCCUGGGAAUGUUCCCGGAAUCAACGUCGACCAGGCAGGGGAGAACGGCUGGCAGAUACCGACCACACUCCCUGCCCUGGCUCUAAAGCCCAUGAGAGCAUCCCCUUCACCAUCCAAUCGACCCAAGCUCAGCCUAUCAGGCGUAUCGACUCCUCAAUCUUCGUCACCGCUAUCUCAUCCUUCUCGACCACCCCUAUUGAACGCUCCUUCUCAGCAAUAUCUUUCAACAGGUCCUGGACCAAGUAGCAGAACCGCAACACCAAUAUUGAAACUUAGCAUUCCAGGUUCAGGUUCGUCACUUGGAUCAACCUCAGGGGGUGGUCCAGGUUUCUCAAGUGGACAUGAUUACCCAUGUGAAACAUCAAACGAUAAUGAUUUAUUGAACUCGGCAUUGAAAACACCUACCCCAUUCUUACAAGGAGAAGAUCAGAAUCCAACUCUACAAGCUCGCGGAAACAACUAUGAAGAUGAUGAAUCGUCAUAUGGAUUCGGUCGAUUCGAUACUCUGGAAGAUCAAGAUGGGGGAAGUAAGAGACUAAGUGAAAUGACGAAAGAUAUCAAAUACGCAUUAACAAAUUCAAGAUUUGACCCAACAGCUUCAUCAAGUUCGUCUUCUAGAUCCAGAGCUAGUUCGAAUGCAAGUAAAUCCCGUUCGAGAGCGAACUCAUCUUCCACUACUCAUACUACGCGGAGAGAUAGUACAAACUUACAGAUGGACAAUGAAUUACUAUCAAUUAGAAAUCUAGACAUCUCAGGAUCAAACACAAGUGCUAUUGUCAGUGCGAGUGAGGAUAAUUCAAGAAGAAGUAGUCUAGAUAGGAAAUCAAGUGAUAAUGGACAUGGACAAGGGUAUGGAUAUGAGAAUGUGAUCGUAUCGUCGGAUGAUGGACAUGGACAGAAAGAUAGUCCGGUUUUCGAUCCAGAGGAUUUGAUAUCGAUCAAGAGAUUGGGUGAAGGUACGGGAGGUGCAGUCGAAUUGGUACAAGAUAGGAAGAGUGGGAAGAUCAUGGCUAAGAAGGUAAUCGCACGUACGACCAACCCAUCGAUGCACAAACAGCUUUUACGAGAACUAGAGAUCCUCAAUGUCUGCUCGUCACCGUAUAUAGUGAAACACUACGGUUCAUUUCUCACCGAGCGAGAUAGUGUGAUUGGUAUAUUGAUGGAGUACUGUGAAGCUGGAAGUUUGGAUAACCUGGUGGGGAAGAUGAAGAAGGGCGGGAUGAUGUGUUCGGAGCAUGUUCUGGGAAGGAUAGCUAGUUCGGUGUUGAAAGGUCUCGAUUACCUACAUGAGCACCGUAUCAUCCAUCGAGAUAUCAAGCCAUCCAAUAUCGUCUUGACAAGACAAGGAGUAGUGAAACUAUGUGAUUUCGGUGUAUCUGGUGAAUUGGUAGAUUCGAUAGCUGGUACAUUUACCGGAACAAGUUUCUACAUGGCUCCUGAGCGGAUCCAGAAUCAACCAUACUCAAUCAAAGCGGAUGUGUGGUCACUAGGAAUGACUCUGCACGAAGUAGCGCAUUUACGAUUCCCUUUCCCUCCAGAAGGAGAAAAUCAGUCUGUCGCUCCGAUCGAACUCUUAUCGUAUAUCGUCACCGCUCCGACUCCAGUCAUGAUCGAUGAUCCAUCUGUCGGCAGAGUAUGGUCAGAUGGAUUCAAGAGCUUCAUGGCUGCUUGCUUGAUAAGAUCAGGAACAGAUCGACCAUACCCUUGGCAACUCCUCCAACACCCAUUUAUCAUCGCUAACGAAGCUAAGAAAGUCAAUAUGGCUAAAUGGGUCGCUGCGCUAUGUCAAUGGCCAUAUCCUUAG